AUGCCUCGCCGGGGCGCACCGGGGCGGCAGCCUCGGCGGCAGCGGCGACGAGAGCGGUGGGAGGGGGCCGCGGGGGGGGGCGAGGGCCGCUGGUGCCUUAGAGGAAACAGUGGCGGCGGCGGGGCAGGUCACCCGGGCGUCGGCGAUUAUAUUGCGGCCGAGCCGGCGCGCGCCCGGAGAGGGCGGGCGGCGGAGCGCGGGGGCUGGCCCGGCGGGGGCAGCCCGGCCGCAGCCUACCAGGCCGCCCCUCCUCCUCCUCCGCACCCUCCGCCUCCGCCGCCGCCUCCCCCCUGUGGCGGGAUUGCCUGUCACGGGGAGCCCGCGAAGUUUUACGGAUACGAUAACUUACAGAGACAGCCGAUUUUUACGACCCAGCAAGAGGCCGAGCUGGUACAAUAUCCUGACUGUAAAUCGUCCAGUGGUAAUAUUGGCGAGGACCCAGACCACUUAAAUCAGAGCUCGUCUCCUUCUCAAAUGUUUCCCUGGAUGAGACCACAAGCAGCUCCUGGUAGACGAAGAGGAAGACAAACCUACAGUCGUUUCCAAACCUUAGAGCUGGAAAAGGAAUUCCUUUUUAACCCUUAUCUGACCAGGAAGAGAAGAAUCGAGGUUUCCCACGCCUUAGCUCUCACGGAGAGACAGGUAAAAAUCUGGUUCCAGAACAGGAGAAUGAAAUGGAAAAAGGAGAACAACAAAGACAAAUUCCCGGUUUCCCGACAGGAGGUGAAAGAUGGGGAAACUAAAAAGGAAGCCCAAGAGCUGGAGGAAGACAGAGCCGAAGGCCCGACAAAUUAACUUCUACCUUUAAAAUUUUACCACAGACUGUUAAAACUAAUGAUCAACAUAUGCGGGUGGACACCACCUAUUUUCUUUGUUGGAAAGGACUUUACCUUAUUUCAAGCUACCUUCAUGUCACUGCUCUUGAGGUUUCUUCGCUUUGAGAGGGAUUUGGGUGUUUAAAAAAGUUUCUAGCAUCUCAUAGAAGCAGCGCUUUGAGCUGACCUAUGUAAGGGUAAUUUGAUACUGAUCUUGUAGCUAUAUUUUGAUAAUGAUAAUUUUUAAUGUCUGAACUGGUGAUUUGUCUCAACAACGUAAACUUCCUAAUGAUUAGCACUAAAUAAUUGAAUAUAAAAAUGCUUUAUUAAUCAGACAAGUGCACUUGAACAUUUUAAAUCUUUUCUUU